GAACCAUCCCACAGCUGAUGGAGUUGCCUGAUAGAAGGAACUAUUACUUUUCAACAUGCUUUGGAAGUACGCAUUGACACUGGUCUGGAUAAUAGUGGGAAAAGCUGUUCUCUGCCUUGGGGCUAUCCGGAUGUUGAUGAUGGACGUUCCCAGUCCGACGACCCAAGGGGAGUCCGUCGAGUUGAUCUGCAGCUACGAGCUUGACGAGGAUAAGCUCUAUUCUGUGAAGUGGUACAAGGACGACGUGGAAUUUUACAGAUAUGUCCCCAAUGACUGGCCGCCAGGACAGUUUCUGCCUCUGCAAGGUGUCAGACUAGAUCUUUCAAAAUCUGGGAGCCAAUCCGUAUAUUUGAGACAUGUGGACCUGAACAGUGGUGGAACUUACAGAUGUGAAGUAUCGGCUGAAGCACCUGAAUUUCAGACGGUGGCAGCUGAAAAGAAAAUGGAUGUUUUUGUGCUUCCCACGGAAGGUCCAAAAAUUACUGGAGGAUUAUCCAAAUAUCGAGUAGGCGAUACAGUUUAUGUGAACUGCACAUCUUCCAAAUCCAAGCCAGCUGCAACAUUACGAUGGUAUAUUAAUGAUGAAAUGGCAAAACCAGAGUAUGUGAUGGAACAUUCUACAACUUUACAUUCUGACAGUCUGGAGACAUCUAGCUUGAGUCUGAAAUUCAUUGUUAACGAAUUUCACUUCAGAGGUGGUAAUAUGAAGUUAAAAUGUACAGCAACAAUUUCUAAAGUUUAUAUCAUGAGUAACGAAGAGUUAGUUUUUGGAACAGGUCUGAGGCAGCAAACAUCAGGACUGCAAAUAACAGAAAACAUGAGUCAUGUUCAGAGUUCCUCAUCAACGACAUUAUGGACAACAGCGAACUGGACUAUAUCAAUAUGCCUAAUGUUUUACAUAAUAUGCAAUAUUAAGUCAAGUGGAAUUCAAAGAAGCUUAGUUGAUCAAUUUGGAUGAUGAUCAACUUAUGGAAUUAAUAUUAUCAUUUUUCAUUAUUGCAUAAUAAAUGGACUCGAAAACUUAAAUUUUCGUACUGAAAACAAAGGUUUUUGUACUCCAAAACCCACAAGGCGGAAAUACUGGUAGUAUCAUAUUUCAGAAUAUGACCUAUUUCGAGAUAUGUCGGAUUUCCACAACGUUCCUUUGUUUUGAUGAUAUGCACAGAAACAAGAAUUUAAAACGAACAAACAUUGAUACUUUAUAUAUUUUGGUGUGUAAUAAACUUUUUCUAAGUGUUUGGAUCGGUGUUGAAAUGUUUAAGCAAAAGUUUAAUUAUCACGAUAUUUGAUUCCAUUAUUGAUUUUAUGAUAUUAAAAGUUCCCUUGUAGAUAAAAGUAAUAGCUUUUAAUUGUGAAUAUACUGUAUGUACAUUUGAGUUGGUGUACAAAUUUGAUUUACAAAUGUUAAUUGACUUAUAAGAGUCAUUAUAUAAGACUGUCCAUGAUUUCUGAGAUUUUUCUUUUGUCAUAUUUACCAUACCUCUAUAUAUAUUUUUUUAUGAAUUGACAGUAAUUUAAAAGUAAUGCGAUUUUUUAAUUCUUUUUUUUUUAAAUAUUAUGCAGUUCACAAUUCUUCUGGUUUUCAGAAUUCAGAAAAA